GUGGCUGCAUCAUGGUCCGCAUUCACCACGGCCCACGGUGAACGUCGCGUCUCCCUAGUCCACCAUCUCUCGAACACACUCUCCAUCUCUUGUGCGCCGCCAUGGCCAUGUCCGCCAGGUCGCAGACCGAGAACGUCCGCCCGGGCGAUCUGCUCCUCGUCGUGCAUGAGUUCCAGGCUCGGAGCCCCGACGAGCUCAGCCUCGCCCGCGGCGACCGCGUCGAGCUGAUAGAACGCGACGACGACUUCGGCGACGGCUGGUUUCUGGGGAAGAACACAGAGACGGGCGACAGUGGCCUUUUCCCCGAGGUCUACACACGCCCCGUCCCAAAACCAACCCUUACCGCUGCGCUGCAUCAGCGCGCUCCUUCACAGCCUGCUGCGCAAUCUGCCCAGCAUGUCUUGCAGCCCGUGGAUGUGGAUGCCGCGCCCACCUCUGCCCCGCUACCUCUGACCGAUUCCAACGAUGCUGCCCCUUACGAGUCGGCCUCCAGUACACAACCACUUCAGAUUGCUCCUAGCACUUCUGUGACGCAGGCGGCCACCGCUAGUAGAUCUUCGAUUUCCGCGCAGCCAAGGAGCAUUGGGCAGACGCUGAGCGGCGAUGCUCCGCGCGAGGAAGAACCCACCAUAUCAAGUCCGGUCAUGCAUGAGACACUCAGUGUCAUCGACGAGCACAUUACCGACAUGAGCACCCCGCGUCAUAGUGCUACUGGGAAAGAACUCAGGCCAGUACCCUCUAACGACUCUGGAAGCGAGUACAGCAGCCACCAUAGACUUUCCUACAUCAACGGCCAUGAAACUGAAGAGGAGGAGCACAAUCUGCACACGGAGCAGGAAGUGAUCAAUUGGUCUCCGGCGCGCGUAGCAGAAUACCUAGAAGAUGUGGGCGUGGAGAAGAAGCAUUGCGAUAUUUUCAAAGAGCAAGAAAUCAACGGCGAGGCACUUCUUGGCAUGGAUCAGGCCACCAUCUUCCUGAAGGAAUUCGAACUGGGGCCCGUUGGACCGCGACUGAGGACAUGGGUGAAGAUCAAGGCACUGCAGCAAGAAGUGAAGAACGCAAAGGAUGCCGCAAAAGCCAUGGCGGCAUUCGAUGGACAGGAAGAAUCCGCGCUUGAUCCUACGGCUCGUACCCGCGCAACGUCGAUGAGUGCAGUACUACCCCGCAUACCCAGUCUGAGAGACGGACCGGCGAUGAAGAGCAUGCACGGGAAACAGCCGCUGCCUAGAGCACACUCGACCGCAGGCCAUUCUAUGUUGCCCCCUGUCGAGGUAACAUCGCCUCUGGCACAAUUCUCCCCGACUUCCCCAACGGCUGGCACACCUACGCGGCCUUCUGCGGCUUCAGUCCGGAGUUUAAAUCACAACCGAAGGCACUCGUCCAUCGAUUCCACUAUGAAUAUGCCUACGCCGACUUCAGCGGGAGGCAUGAAACUGCCACCCGUUAUUUCAGCAUCCCACAAGAAGACUCCGUCAUUCGACCGUGGUUGGGUGAUGGGGUCUCCUCAAUCCGACACCAGGCGACCGUCUUCUUCGCAUUACGGCGUUCCUGGUAGUCCGGACGAAAAUGGAUUUGGUCGUCGCGAGUCUGGUAUCAGCCAAAUGACAGCCGCUGAUUUAGACCGCGGGUAUUUCUCUGGAGGGGAAGUCGACAACCGCAAAUCACGUAAUGUACUCCGCAAGAGGGAAAGCCCAAGUCACUCUCGCAAUCCGAGCUUCAGGACCGAAGAUGGCCGUCGCGCUACGUACAAUCGGCGGCAUAGCAGGAUUGGCAGUGCGGAUUCUGCAACUGGCGGAGCCAGCUCUGUGUCAGCGGCGGCCAAGGCUUACUUUGGCAACAGCAUCAAGACCCAUCGCAGCUCAAGCAACUUCGAUUUUGUGCGGCCCCUGAAGCCUACGAAUGAUGGACCUCCUACUGUGACCAAAUUACCAGACUACGAUUCUCCGAGCAUCGAUGCCAUUGCGAACUCGCCUCGCGUACCUGGCAGUGAAGCGUCAUCCCUAGGGCGUGCAUCACCUUCGCCGGCGGCGGCUCCUACUCAGUCCCAUUCCUUUUUUUCCAAGAAGGCGAGAGGUAUCGGUUUGCGCGCCAUAUCGGACGCGGUUACGGGAACAGAGCGAGCAAACGUCAGCUCUGGAGACAUUACCGCAUCCCCGAUCAAAGAAUCUCCCCUGCACUCCCCUACCCGAACAGGCUCAAGCACGCCGUCCGGAACCUCAAAUUCCUUGGAGAUCCCCGACUUGAACAAGCGAUCAACAGGAAUUUCAGUGAGCAAAGACGGUAGGAAGAAGGCCAAGAAGCACAGCACGAGCGCCUACCUCCGAGGUCGCCAGCAAAUAACUCCCCAAGAGGCCAUGGAGGGCUGCGAUUAUAGUGGAUGGAUGAAGAAGAAGUCAUCAAGCUUGAUGACCACCUGGAAGACACGAUUGUUCGUGCUUCGCGGUCGACGUCUUUCGUACUUCUACACCGAAAACGACACAGAAGAGAAGGGAUUGAUCGACAUCUCUUCCCAUCGGGUACUUCCAGCCAACAACGAACGGAUCACUGGCUUCCACGCGACAAUUACGCGGGCGGCAUCCUCGCCAUCAUCACCACAAGGGGCCACUAUCCCGACCGCUGCUUCCGCUGCCAGCAACAAUGGCAUCGAAGAAGACAUGGCGGGCAUGUUCAUCUUCAAACUUGUGCCUCCGCGGGCAGGCUUGCAGAGAGGUGUCCAAUUCACGAAACCGAUCGUCCACUACUUCGCUGUCGACAGCAUCCAGGCUGGCCGUUUGUGGAUGGCUGCAUUGAUGAAGGCUACUAUCGAUAGGGACGAUAGCUUGUCUAUCACGACGACUUACCAACAGAAAACAAUCUCCCUGGAGAAGGCUCGAGCCAUGCGUCAAAGACCACCUGCGCUCAUGGACGAUGACGACACUGAGAAUGCAUCGAUCGACAUGGACAGCAAGCAGAGCACGAAGGAGAGCAUCCAGGAGAGUGUCAUACAUGAAGAAGACGAGAAGCAAGGCCUCGCUAUCUCUGGGCUCGAUGAUGCAAAGGCCCUCCUGGAGUAUGCGGAGAACGGCGCUGACCCGGAGCCGCAGCUUCCACCGAAAUCACCGCCCACUGUCGAAUCACCACCAUCGCCAGAGGCAGAGCACAAGCGCAAACCGAGUUUCACCCCUGGACUGGUCUCUAUCGGUUGAGUUUCUUUACUAACAACCUUACGUUCUCUAUCUUGUCUCUUUCGACCGUACAUUACUAUCUCUUCCUAAUUCAGCACACCCUACUGUGCGAGGCAGACCAGCGUAUAU